AUGUCCCAUUCUAUUGCAAGAGACGAUAAGAAUCCAAACGUCAAGGCUAAUAUCGUCAGCCUUGAAGAUAUCCUAAAUCAGUUUCCUCAACCCUGGCAUCAGUUGCUUUCGUAUUCAGCCGAGAAGAAUUCUCCAUACAGUAAUGAAAUCGAAAAAUGGCUAAAUGAAUAUCACGAUAAAACAGGCUUGGACUGGAAUGCUCUAGUGAAAGCACUCAUGCAACAUCCUGCAUGUCCUCAAUCGCACAGCCUGCCGGUCCUACUUUGGCUGCCAUUACAUGUCCAACGUAGCCUUUUAUAUUAUAUCCAUCGUCAUUAUUACGCUGUUCAUUCAGAGUAUUUAAUUCAUUUGGUCGAUUCUUUAAACAAGCAUCAUCUAACGGAUAGCUGGAGUAACAUGUUCGUGCGGAUGCUAAAAUGUGAUAUUGACAAAAGAACUCUUUCCUCGAGCAAUAAUUAUUUAACAAUGUCAAUGUUGGAAAUGGAAAAGAACUGUUUAUCCAGUCACUUUAAAAAUGACUCAGCUCAAAUUUGUAAUACUUUAAAGACCGUUGGUCCUCAAAUACAGUUGCUUAAUUCUACUACUGAUGAUAUUCGGACUGUAGAUGGUGCUAGCCGUGACAACAUGGAUCACAGCGAUUCUGUUCAAUUCAAUGCAAGCGAUCAAACUAGUAGAAGUACUCCAGACCGUUUUAAUAAUAGUGAUUAUCAUGAUCGAGAGGUUGCAGUGAUUGCUUACAAUCAACCUCUACAAACCGAUGCUAAAUUUCAAGCUGAAUUAUCAGGGAACCCAUUCCCAAAUACUACGUCACAUAAAAGAAAAGCUCCGACGAUGGAUAGUGAUGUAGACAGUCAAGAUAAUGAUAGCAAAAGAAGUAAUCAAGAGACUAUGAUUGCCAUAAACAAGGCAGAAGACGACAGUGUCGCUAGGUCAAACAUCGGUGAUGUGUGCGAAAAACUAAAAGAAUUAUUAAUGUAUGAAAACGAAAUUUUGAUCCAGAAAAUGGAUGAACCUGACUAUCAGGACAGCUUCAUCUCAUUUCUUACCAGCUCAUUUGAUGAAAUGCAAAUAAUAUGCCAACAAAUUCAAUUGAAUCAGGUUAGCUUAGAAAAAUUGGCUACCAUUUCCCGUCUAUACUGCUAUCAUCAUCUCAACGCAAACUUAGACAACUGUCGUAUUUUUUGUCAACUAUCCAUCUAUCCACACUUGUCAGUACUAAAUAGUUCAGCUCCUCGCGAACUUUUCUAUUGCAUUGAAUGCUUUUUAAAACGAUAUUCAGAACCUUUUAUAGACGGUUGUUGUCUGCAAUUAUGGAAUAAUGAACUUCAGCCUGCACAAGUAGAAUUAAUCAAAACAUUAAUAGAAACAUCAUUCAGUCAAGAUAAUUGCUUCUAUUUCUUAACUCAAAUUAUCCAAAAACACCAUAACAACACCAAUAAAUCAAAAUGGGAUGAAAAUCAUUAUAUCGUUAUCCAAGGUAUUAUUCAAAAGCGCCUUAAACUCGACUCGAAAACAAUAUUAGAAUUAUUAUCAAUACUAUAUCAAAAUGCUUUAGAUAUGGCAUCAUCAACUAAUUUUAUUACCCUUAUAAUCAAUAUUAUUAAUAAUUAUAAAGAACAGAUAAUACCCUAUACUGACUUACUCUAUCAGAUUCUACAAAAUAACAAAACACUUUUGAAGAGGUCUACCCUUGCCAAAUUAAAACGGUUGCGAUCCAGUUAG